CUUCUCUCUACACUUGCCCAUGAGGAUGCGCUAAUCGCCCUUACACACUGGCGAAUCUGUAAGAGAUAUGAUAACCAGAGGGCGGGCUGGUAGCUGAGGACAGUCGAGGAAAGACUAUUGUACACGACGACAAGAAUGAAAUGAUUAACGCCUCGCGAUAGUGCACUUGAUAUUGAGAAAUGCAAAAGACGGAAUUAAACAAUUAAUUUGGAUUUGUCUGGAAAACUUUUUUAUUGUUUUUAUAGUUAUUCUUUUGCAUGGACUGUUUAAAUCAUUUUUUAUGUACAUCAAGUUCUAAUAUUGGUGGAAAGUUUUUCAUAGGGUCUCCACAGUGGAUAUCGCCUCAUACAGCAGCUGUGUGAGUAAAAUACUUGCAGGAGAUAAGUUGCAUUAUUCCCCUCAACUAUGUCCAUGCCUCCAAGCUUUGGAUUUACCCAAGAGCAGGUUGCCUGUGUCUGCGAGGUCCUUCAGCAAGGUGGGAGUAUUGAACGCCUCGGACGCUUUCUGUGGUCCUUACCCGCUUGUGAUCACCUCCAUAAAAACGAGAGUGUAUUGAAAGCCAAAGCCGUGGUAGCCUUUCACCGAGGAAACUUCAGGGAGCUUUACAAAGUAUUAGAGAGCCAUCAGUUUUCACCGCACAACCACCCCAAACUACAACAACUUUGGUUGAAAGCGCACUACGUUGAAGCGGAGAAAUUGCGCGGUCGUCCUCUAGGCGCAGUGGGAAAAUACCGCGUCCGCAGAAAGUUCCCUCUUCCUCGCACAAUCUGGGAUGGAGAGGAGACAAGUUACUGUUUUAAGGAAAAGAGCCGGUGUGUGCUAAAAGAGUGGUAUACUCACAACCCGUACCCUUCCCCGAGGGAGAAGAGAGAAUUGGCCGAGGCCACGGGCCUCACCACGACGCAGGUCAGCAACUGGUUCAAGAACAGGAGACAGAGGGACCGGGCAGCGGAGGCAAAAGAAAGGGAAAACGAGGGCGCAAAUCCAAACGGCCACAACUCAUUGACCUCUCACGUGAACGAAAAUAAAUCUCUAUGUGAAAGUUCAGAGGACGACAAAUCUCCCUCUGCGACCCCAGAUCACAACUCCAUGAGCCCUGCCCUCCUCAUGCCCUCCAGUUCAGGUCUGCCACCCCUGCACAGCUUUGCUCCUCCGCCAGGCCCAAGCGGCUGCAUCAUCCCGGUCAGCAGCUCUGAAAGUCACCAUCACUUCUCUAUGCACGACGGCCUUCUCAACACCAUGACGGCCAGCCUGGUGGAACUUGGAUCAUAAGAAACAACAUUAUAUGAUCUUUGACUUUUUUCCCCAACAAAUGGCUUCUUUAAUAUAUACAAGACAUUUUAUUAGUCGAGCUUACAGGACAUUAGAAAACAAAAUACCCAAACUAUCAGAAGACGGCAACGUGCAAGUUUACCUAUACCUGAAGAACAAUGUUUCCAUCAGAAAUUACUGUAACAAUUUAAUAUAACCAAGGAAUAGUUUUUGAUAUGUGCAGCUAUAAAAUUAACCAAUAAAAUCUAUUUAAAAGGUCGAAAUAUGCUGG